AUGGAGCUCUCCAAAUACCUUGCCUUCCUGGCAGUCGUCCUGCCCGUCGUCUACGGUGCACCGACUGAGGCCUCGACCAGCCUCCACCCCAAGAUCCUGGCUGCCAUGAAGCGUGACCUUGGACUGGACGCUGAGGCUGCCACUGCUCGCGUUGCCUUUGAGCACGCGGCGGUCGACAUCAUCGAGCAGCUGCGCACCUCGACCGGCAACUCGUUCGCCGGUGCUUGGAUCUCGGACAACGGCGCCACCCUCAACGUCGGCAUCACCGAUGAGAGCCUCGCGGCCCAGGUGACUGCUGCCGGCGCCAAGCCGGCCAUCGUGUCCAGCAGCCUCUCCAAGCUCGAGCAGGCCAAGGAGGCCCUCGACAAGCUGAACGCCGACCAGCCCGAGACCCUCCGGGCGAGCUCGGCCGCCUCGGGCAUUGCUUCGUACUACGUGGAUGUUACUGCCAACAAGGUCGUCCUGGAGGCGCUUGCCGACAGCGUCGCCCACGCCGAGUCGCUGGCCACCCAGGUCGGACUCGCCCCGUCCGAGUUCGAGGUGCGCACCGUCGAGGAGAUGCCGUCCACCUUUGUGACUAUUCGAGGCGGCGACGCCUACCGCAUCGGCUCUAGCCGCUGCUCCGUCGGCUUCUCGGUCACGACGGGCUUCGUGUCGGCCGGCCACUGCGGCAAUGUGGGCACUUCGGUCCAGACCAGCACGGGCGCCUCGCUCGGCUCCUUCGCCGGCAAGGUCUUCCCAGGCAGCGCCGACAUGGCCUUCAUCCGCACCGUGAGCGGACACACCCUCACCGGCACCAUUAACGGCUACGGCCGGGGCAACCUCCCCGUCUCGGGCAGCACCGCCGCCGGCGUCGGGUCUAGCAUCUGCCGCUCCGGCUCCACCACGGGCGUUUACUGCGGUACCGUCGGCGCCCUCGGCGCUACAGUCAACUACGCCCAGGGAAGCGUCACCGGCCUUACCCGCACCAGCGUGUGUGCUGAGCCCGGCGACUCGGGCGGUUCCUUUUACUCGGGCGCCCAGGGCCAGGGCGUGACCUCGGGAGGCUCGGGUAACUGCGCUUCCGGCGGCACCACUUACUUCCAGCCACUGAACAGGAUUCUUUCUACCUACGGUCUUACGCUGGUCAGGUCUUAG